CGCGCUCGCGCGCGGGGGAGAAGAAGGCAGGAGGCGAGCUUCCCCGCAGCUGCGCGCAGGCCCCUGGACGGCAGCCGCGCGCCGCCACGCACUCCUGGCCUCUGCGCGCGCCAGAAGCCGCUUGGCCCCCGCGACCGGCAGGCAGCCUGCUCCUGCGUCCCUCCUCCGGCUCUGCUUCCGUCCCCCCCCGUCCCUCUCCGGCUUUCCCCGCCGCGGCUGCGGGUGGUGCCACCUGGGCAGGGGCGCCGCGAGGAGGCGGCUCAGCCGGCGAGUGACCCAAGGCCCCCCCCCAGCCGCCGCCGCCCCCUCGUCCCAGCACCGGAGGAUCCGCCCAAAGGAGGAUGCCCAGCUGGAUCCAGGCUCGGUUUCCAGUGGUGUUUGAAGACAUCUUGGCAUAUUCCACCAGGAAGGAGUGAAGGACUUGAGAAGAUCCUCAGGAGCACCCCGUCGGGUGGGGAUGAUGAAGGAGAAGAACCUGGAUGGAGACAACCAAACUUUCCAAGGAGAGGAUCCACGUUCAAAAAGAGUUAAGGAGGAGGAAGACAUGGAGAUGCAUCUCAGCAGGCAGGAAGCAACUACCCAGAAGUUGCCUGGAAAGGCUGGCGAGAACGGACUCCCCCAUUCCAUAUCUGGGAAGAACCCCUUAGACCCGCAGCAGCCUGCCUCUGGGCCAGCCAGCGACAAGAGACUGCUGAUGGAGCACAGAAUGGGGCAUGGUCCCAGGACCCCUGCCUUUGCGAUCUGCAGGUCCCAGAUGGGAGAUCUGCCACAUUGGUGCCUGGAGUGUGGGAAGAACUUUGGCCAAAAGACAGAGUUAGAAAAGCACCAGCUGAACCAUGCCAGGCAAUGUUCGUACAUCUGCAGUGACUGCGGAAGAAGCUUCACAGAGCACGUUGGCCUCCCCACACACCAGGCCGUGUGCCCCGCAGGGAAUUCCUAUAGUCACUCUGGGUGCAGGAGGAGAAGCCUGCCCCUUCCAAAUGAGACUGUAGUGCAAAGGAAAGAGCGGAAGGAGCUAUCCCUGCAGGAGAAGGUCCGGGUGCUGGAGAUGCUGGAGGGGCCCAAGGUCUCCCAGAGUGAACUAGCAAAAAGGUUUGGAGUCUCCCAGCCCCAGAUCUGCCGCAUCAUCAAGAACAAGGAGCGUAUCCUCGCUGAGUGGUGCAAGAAUGCCAACCCAGGACGCAAGCGCAAGUUGGAAGAGAAGGGUGUGGCCAGCAACACAGCCCUCUUGCAGUGGUUUGAGCGAAGCUGUGUGUCCAGUGUCUCUCCCAAUGGGAUGCUUCUACAAGACAAGGCCAAAAGCCUUUCAGAGGCACUAGGGAAGCCAGAAUGGGAUGCCGGCCUGGGCUGGUCAACGGGUUUCAAAGCCAGGCAGAAAGGACCACUUGAAAGGCCUCUCACCGAGAAACAGAAUGGUGAUGAGCAACUGGAGGAAGAGCCGUGGGAAAGCACAGUCCUGCCUUGUAUCCUCAGCAAGUAUGACCCCUUCAACAUCUACGCUUGUGGCGAGGCUGGCAUCUUAUUUAGGGCAACCCCAGAAGAUCUGGCUGUGGAGAACAGAGAGGAAGCCAAGGACCAGUUGACCGUCUUGCUCUGCACCAACUUGGAUGCUUCCGACAAAAGGGAUACCCUGAUUGUCGGCAAGAAAGAAAAGCCAUUUGGCUUCCAAGGGGUCGAUGUGGAAGAGCUGCCGGUGAGCUACCGAGCCCACAGCAAGGCUUGGAUGACAACAGCCAUCUUUACCGAGUGGCUCCAGAAGUUCAACGAAGACAUGCAGCACAAGCAGAGGACGGUGGUGCUCUUCUUAGUCCAGUGUGCUGUGCAUCCCUACAUGGAGCUCUCCAACAUCAAGAUGGUUUUCGUGCCUCCUAGCUCUCCCCAGACCCAUCCCCUUGAGCAAGGGGUUAUCCAGAAUUUUAAAUGCCAUUACCGGAGGAGGAUGCUAACCCGCCUCCUUGUGGUGCUUGACAGUCAAGCCUCCGCAUCAACAGGCAAACUAUCUAAGCACCUGACGCUUUUGGAUGCUGUCCAUAUGAUAGCCCAGGCCUGGUCAGAGGUUUGCCCACAGACGAUCACUAACUGCUUCCGAGCAGCUGGCUUUGGCCUCAGUCCCCGCAUCCUGGCUCCUCCUGUGGAUGUGGUCCAGGCACUAGGGUUCAUGAACCAAAAGCAGUUUGAGCAGUUUGUGUUGGUGGAUGAAGGGCUGGAGUGCUUUGGGGACCAGGAAGAAGCUGCUGAGAUGGUCAAAGAGUGUCCAGAACCAACAUGCGGAACAGCAGAGGAUGAAGAGAAGGCGGAGGAUCUGCCUUUGCUGACCUGUCCCUCGAAGACAGAAGUCAUGGAGAGUCUGGCCAAACUUAGGCGCUAUUUUGAGUGCCACUCGGUGUCGCCGACCAUGUUCCAGUUGUUCUACAAGCUGGAAGACAUGGUCCAUGGGAUGUCUCUGGCUAAUAUGCAAGCAUUACGAGCCUGGAACAAAGAAUGACUCAAAGCCAUAACUUGAAAUCUAGCUCUUCGUACAUGUCCUCACUUUUAUGUAUGUUCCUAUGAAUCCACAGAGGCCUUUUGGGCAAUUUGAUGUGUUUAGUCUGGACAGUGACCAAGUAGUUUUGGAAAUUAAUCCUGAGAAUGGUCUUUGCCUCUUCCCCCACCACCACCACCCCGUCCCCCCCCGAAAUUGGUAGUUUGCAGGUAAGAAGCACUGAAUUGUACGAGAGCUCGAUGCAGCUCCUCUGAAAGACCUGUGGGGAGAGAGGAAUAACUGAUGGGGUCUUUUUGCACUCCAGCUUAUACAGAGAGCCUCCCCUUCUGACCAGCCGCACUCUGGGAAACUGCUAACGCAGGAGAGUCCUAGAUGCCUUUCAGAAUCACCCAGGGUUUUCCCUGUUGGAAGACUUGUGGCUGAGAACAUAUCUGCGGGAGACACAUUUGCUAGGAAGCCACCACCCUUGAACUCCCCAAGGCAGUGGUUCUCUGAGGAGACGGGUGCUUUGCCUUCACCCCACUUGCCUUCAUCUUCCCUGCCCCUUGGCAAUGGGUCAAGGGCUCACACCCAUGCUCUCUGCCUCCAGCACGAGUGGUUUCCUCCAGUUUAAAAGCCAUGGAUUCAUAUCUUGUCAUCAUCAGCACAGGCUUUUAUUGCUACCUCCUCUCUAGCACUGAAGCUCAUUCCUGGACAGAAGGAGGUGGCACUGGGUGCGAAGGCUCAAGGAUUUCUUCCUUAAAUUAGAGGGAUUCUUGUAAGGAAUGUUGUGACCCCUCGUGCUAAGGACAUUAUGGAGAAGAAUAAGGAGAGAGAGAGAGAGAAGCCAGAACCUGCAGCAGGGGCAGGGAGGUGCAUAGGAAGCUGCCAUAUACUGAGCCAGACCAUUGGUCCAUCUAGUAUUGUCCACACAGGUUGGCAGGGGCUUCUCCAAGGUUGCAGGCAGGUGUUUCUCUCAGCACUAUCUGGAGAUGCUGCCAGGGAGGGAAUGUGGAACCUUCUGCAUGCAGGUGCUCUUCCCAGAGUGGUUCCAUCCCCUAAGGAGAAUAUCUUACAGCAGGGCUUUCUAACCUUGGGUCACCAGAUGUUGAUGGACUACGACUCCCAUCACCCCCAGCCAUGUCCAUUGUGGCUGGGGAUGAUGGGAGUUGUAGUCCAUCAACAUCUAGGAGCCCAGGGUUGAGAAACCCUGUCUUACAGUGCUCAUGCAUGGUGUCUCCCAUUCAAAUGCAAACAAGGCAGGCCCUACUUAGCAAAGGGGACAAUUCAUGUUUGCUACCACAAGACCUGCUAUUGUGAGGGCUAUUGAUACAAGGCUCAGUGGGGACUGCAGGAUGACAGCAGAAAUUGGAUGAAGGGGCUCCUCUGCAGUUUGCCCAGAAAAGGGGUCAUGGAGUCCCCAGGGCAAGAACCAGCCUUUCCCGUCUGGAAACAUCUAUGGCCACCGUUGCUCUCUCUGCUCCUGAUACUGCAACUGCUUGCACUAGUGGCCAAGACCAUUUGUAGAUUGCAAGCCCUUUAGGGCAGGUCCAUCCAAGCCUCCUACCUGUGAUAUUUUGCUUGUGCCAUGACCUACAUCCAAACUCAUGCUGCACUCAUGGAAAUAUGUUCUGCCUGCACAGGGGGGCGGGGCUGGUUUUUGGCAUCCCCCCUUCCCACUGCAACCCCAUCUCCUCUGCAAAUACAUCCCUGAGGGUUGUGGGACCUCCAGGGACAUUUUUCCAGGAGAGACAAGGGGCUGUGGAGGGAAGGGAGGAUUGCUGAAAACUCCCUCCCCCUGUGCAAUGGGAAAUUGAACUUCAGCAAGUGCUGCAUUCAUUUGGAUGUAGGGCACUAUAUAGGUGUUGGCACAAAGGAGGGGCCAUAUGUUGGUGGUAAGGCACGUGAUUUACAUGGAGACCAAUCCCUAGCAUUUCUGGGAAGAGCUGGAAGAAACUCAUUUCUGCCUGAAACCUUGGAGAACCACUCUCCGUCAGCAGAUACAGUAUGGAGACAAAUGGACCAAUGGUCUCACUCAAAAGCAGGUGACUUCAUACGAUUGUUCUGCACCAUUGCCAACAGAUGGGAUCCAGUUCUAACAUGACUCUUCUGUCUUGUGCUGGCCCUGUGGAAGCCAGUGGUACCAACAUGGACGAACACUACAAAAUGGAUCGUGUAGAAGAACCAAGAAUAUCUGAGAAAAGCUGUCUAUAUGGAGGACAACAGGAAUCUCAUGGUUUCCACACAGAGUGGAAAGUGUUUAUGACGAAGGGUUCUCAAGCUAAUUUAAAACAUUUUCUUGGUCUUUAUUGGAAUCUCUGACUAAUCCAAUGUCCGCGAUCUCAUUCAUGGAUCUCAUAUCUAUAUAUCUCAUAUAGAUAUAAGCCUCUCAACUACCAAUAAAUUGUUAAAAUGUCUAUGCCUA